AUAUAUAUAUAUAUAUGAAAUUAAAUUCUUCGAUAUCUCCGCUCGGCGUCGUCACACUUUUGAAUCUCCAUUGUUCUGUUUUAUAUACACUUUGUAAUUGCAUAGCUAUAACUGUACCAAUAUUCCCCCCCAAAGAUUUAAUUGUCCCGAGCUCCGUGGGGGAAAAGAAAUGUCUGCGAUAAUCCAUGGAGCUGGAGCUGCUACGGCCUUGACGACGUUUCAUUCCAAGAAACUCGUUGCUCGAUCUCGCACCAAUCUUCCAGGGAGGAGCAAGAGAUGCAUUGUCGCUUCUGGAUCUGAUGACGGGAGUAAGAGCUUUGGCUCUUCUUCUAGCCUCAGUCUUCGUCACUCUCACAAAUUGAUUCCUAAUAAUGCUGUCGCGACCAAGGUGGACACAUCAGCGACCACGGGACAUGAACUACUGCUUUUCGAGGCUCUUCAGGAAGGUCUGGAAGAAGAGAUGGACAGAGAUCCACAUGUAUGCGUCAUGGGUGAAGACGUUGGCCAUUACGGGGGCUCCUACAAGGUUACCAAAGGCCUUGCUGAUAAGUUCGGCGACCUCAGGGUUCUCGACACUCCCAUUUGUGAAAACGCAUUCACCGGUAUGGGCAUUGGAGCCGCCAUGACUGGUCUAAGACCCGUCAUUGAAGGUAUGAACAUGGGUUUCCUCCUCUUAGCCUUCAACCAAAUCUCCAACAACUGUGGAAUGCUUCACUACACAUCUGGUGGUCAGUUCACAAUCCCAGUCGUCAUCCGUGGUCCCGGUGGAGUGGGACGCCAGCUUGGCGCUGAGCAUUCGCAGCGGCUGGAAUCUUACUUCCAGUCCAUCCCCGGGAUCCAGAUGGUUGCUUGCUCCACUCCUUACAACGCCAAAGGCUUGAUGAAAGCCGCGAUAAGAAGUGAGAACCCUGUGAUUCUGUUUGAGCACGUUCUGCUUUACAAUCUCAAGGAGAAGAUCCCUGACGAAGAGUACAUCUGUAACCUUGAAGAGGCUGAGAUGGUCAGACCUGGAGAGCACAUUACCAUCCUCACUUACUCGAGGAUGAGGUACCAUGUGAUGCAGGCAGCUAAAAUUCUUGUGAACAAAGGGUAUGACCCUGAGGUUAUCGACAUCAGGUCGCUGAAGCCGUUUGAUCUUUACACGAUUGGGAACUCGGUGAAGAAAACGCACAGGGUUUUGAUAGUGGAGGAGUGUAUGAGAACCGGUGGGAUUGGAGCUAGUCUUACGGCUGCCAUUAAUGAGAACUUUCAUGACUAUUUAGAUGCUCCGGUGAUGUGUUUGUCUUCUCAGGACGUUCCUACACCGUAUGCUGGUACUCUUGAAGAGUGGACUGUGGUCCAACCGGCUCAGAUCGUGACCGCAGUUGAGCAGCUCUGCCAGUGAAAUUCAUGUCUUAUCCGGUGAACCAUUAUUUACCAUUUUCCUAUCAGUUUCCCGUCUUUAACUUAGUUCGUAAGAAUUUGUCCAAGUGGUUUGGUUUUGUUAAAUGUUUGUUCUCUUUUGUUGUGUUGGUAUAUGGUUUUGCAACUUUUUUAAUUUAUCUCCCACAUUUUUAUUUUGAAUCUCAGAAUUUUGUUUACGUUCUGUAACUAAACACAACCUAUUCUGUUUUAAAAAUCGUCUAAAGAUUUCGUAUGAGA